AUGCUCGAGCGUCAGACAGGCAUUGUUGUCGGCAGCGAUCUGAUGAUAUUCAAUGCCGACGGCACCUCAGAACGGGGGGUUAUAGUUGGGCUGGAAGAUGGGACGUUUACUCUGGAGUCGCCGUUAGACAAUUCUUAUCCGUCCGGCUCUGACGUCGUCGUUGCGAAGGCCUCCGCGGAGCCUGAGGAGGAGCCAAGUAUUGCUGAGGAGGAGGAGGUCGCCAUCAAGAGAACGAAUCACUUCACUACGCUGAGAAAUGAGAUUUCGCAAGGGACGACCCAGCUUCCGGUCAUGUCGUUCAGGGGAUUCCAUGUCGGAGAUAUCAUCUUCAUCGAGGGCCCAGGUACCCCUGGCGAGGCAAGGGAGAUUACCGCCGUGGUCAAGACGGCGGGUGAUUUCAAGCUCGUGAUUCGGACGCCGAUCAGCAAGGCGUACCCCAGGGAAGCCACCGUCACGCAGCUGGAAGGGCCAGAACCCGCGACCAGCCUCGGGCCGGGGCAGGAGUGGUGA